AUGAGUGAUAAGAAUACUAGAAUUGCGAUUGUUUCCACGGAUAGGUGUAAACCUAAAAAAUGUAAACAGGAAUGUCGUAAAGCAUGUCCAGUUGUGAAGACAGGAAAGUUAUGUAUUGAAGUUACACCAGCUUCAAAGAUUGCGUUUAUAUCGGAAACCUUAUGUAUCGGUUGUGGUAUUUGUGUGAAAAAGUGUCCAUUCGACGCUAUUAAUAUUAUCAAUUUACCUACCAACUUAGAUUCAGAAACCACCCACAGAUACUCGGCAAAUUCGUUCAAGUUGCACAGAUUACCAACACCAAGACCAGGACAAGUUCUUGGGUUGGUUGGUACCAACGGUAUUGGUAAGUCUACUGCUUUAAAGAUUUUAGCAGGUAAACAGAAGCCAAACUUGGGUAAGUACGAUGACCCACCUGACUGGGAAGUGAUUUUAAAGCAUUUCAGAGGGUCUGAAUUGCAAAAUUAUUUCACCAAGGUGUUAGAGGAUGACAUUAAGGCUAUCAUUAAGCCUCAAUAUGUGGAUAAUAUUCCAAGAGCUUUAGUUAAAUCUAAGGUCAAGCAUGUCGAAGGGAUUUUGCAGGCCAAGUUGGAAAGAAAGGACCAAUGGGACUACAUUCUUAACAUUUUGGAAUUGAGAGGUGUUUUAGAUAGAGAUGUGGCCAAUUUGUCUGGUGGUGAAUUGCAAAGAUUUGCUCUUGGUAUGACCUGUGUUCAAGCAGCCAACGUUUACAUGUUCGAUGAACCAUCCUCGUAUUUGGAUGUCAAACAAAGAUUGAGGGCUGCUGAAAUCAUCAGAUCUUUGUUGCACCCAACCUGUUAUGUUAUCUGUGUUGAGCACGAUUUGUCUGUCUUGGAUUAUUUGUCUGAUUUCGUUUGUAUUCUUUACGGGGUUCCAUCAGUGUAUGGUGUUGUUACAUUGCCAUCAUCUGUUAGGGAAGGUAUUAAUAUUUUCCUUGAUGGUCAUAUUCCAACUGAAAACAUGAGAUUCAGAACUGAAUCCUUGCAAUUCAAAUUGGCUGACGCUGCUGAAGGGUUGGAAUUAGAUAAAUCAAAUGCAUUGUCAUACCCAACUAUGGAGAAGACUCAAGGUGAUUUCCACAUGAAGGUUGAAAGUGGUGCUUUCACCAAUUCUGAGAUUUUGGUCAUGAUGGGUGAGAACGGUACUGGUAAGACAACUUUCUGUAAGUUAUUGGCUGGUGCUAUUAAACCAGACAAUGGCUUACAAAUUCCUAAGUUAAAUGUGUCCAUGAAACCACAAAAGAUUGCUCCAAAAUUCCCAGGUACUGUCAGACAGUUGUUCUUCAAGAAGAUCAGAGCAUCAUUCUUACACCCACAAUUCCAAACCGAUGUUGUUAAGCCAUUAAAGAUCGACGACAUUAUUGAUCAAGAAGUCCAAACCUUAUCUGGUGGUGAAUUACAAAGAGUUGCUAUUGUGUUAUCCUUAGGUAUGCCUGCAGAUAUCUAUUUAAUUGAUGAACCUUCUGCUUACUUGGAUUCUGAACAACGUAUUAUCUGUUCUAAAGUUAUCAGAAGAUUUAUUCUUCAUUCCAAAAAGACUGCAUUCGUUGUUGAACACGAUUUCAUUAUGGCUACGUAUUUGGCUGACAGAGUUAUUGUCUUCGAAGGUAAACCUUCUAAGGAUGCUUUGGCUAAGGCUCCUGAAUCAUUAUUAACUGGUUGUAAUAGAUUCUUGAAGAACUUGAAUGUUACAUUUAGAAGAGAUCCUAAUUCUUAUAGACCAAGAAUUAAUAAAUUGGAUUCCCAAAUGGAUAAAGAACAAAAAUUAGCCGGUACCUACUUCUUCAUAGAUAACUCCGAGUUAUAA